AUGAAACUUGAUGAUACUGACUGUAAAGGUCAGUUUCAAGAGGGUAUCGUGCAUGGUCAUAUUCAUAAUUUUAAUAAUAUGACAUAUAUCCAUGGUCACAUUCACCAUAAUGCAUCACACCUUCCGAAUUUAAAUGCAUCCACCGUACCAACUAAUGUUACUACUGAUAUGUUCAAAGAUAGGAAUUCAGCAAAUAAAAAUAUACAAAUAUCAAAUGAUUUUAUUGAGAAUUCAAGUUCACCAUUUGAUAGUAAUGCAGAAAAAGCUUUGGAAUCUGACUUCAUGGAUUGUGAACAUUUUGAAUUUAUGGAUACAAAUGGAACUUUACCCGAUCGAUUUUCUAAUAAUUUUAAUAAUUCAUUUUUUAUGGAUACUGCAGCAGGUGACGCUACUAAUUGGGAUAAAAAGAAUUUGUUGGAAUCGCACCCUUAUGAUCUGAGCAAUAAUAAUAGUAAUGGCGGUGGUCCAAUGUACUCAAAGUCAAAAAGUAGAGAUCAUAGGGUCUCACUAAGUGAUGAUAUGUUAAAUUUGCCAUUAUCCAAGAAGAGAAGAUUAAGUGGCUCAAGUGAAGGUAAUCAAGAUAAUUGUCCUUGUAAUCCUAAGAUGGUAGAGAUAUGUUGUGAUGUUGAUCAUACCAAUAUGUCUUCUAAUAACCCUGCAGUGGAAAAUAUUUCAUUAAACACUCACCCAAAUUUUAUGGUACCGAAUGAUUAUGAUAUGCAUAAUUUAUCUUAUCAUGGAGCUACAUCACCACCUUCUCUUCAGUCGAAAAAUUUCUAUCAGAAUAAUUUUAAUAAUGCCAAUACUGCAAUACCUGUGUCACCGUCUACCAACUUUCAAAGUAAUGAAUCAAAUAAGGUAGGUCAAUUAAACAAUGAUUUUGCCAAACAAUUUUUAGAUUUGAACUGUGAUUUAACGUGUGAACCUAGUUGUUUAGAUAAAGAAUAUCAACCAAACUCAGUUAUUAGUAAUCAUCAUAAUAACAAUACUACUGAUACCAAGCAAGGCAAUAAUCCUGUUAAACAGGAAAAUACUAAAAUAAAUAUAAAAAAAGAACCUACAGAUACCCAAGCUUUACCAAACAAUGUGCCCGUAACGCCAUCUAUUGAUGGGAAGGAAGAUAUGUUAGAGACAUUCUACAAGGCAUGCCAAAGAGUAGGUGAGUCCAACGAAAAUGCAAACAUUACAAAACCAUUGAAUACUGGAAUUGAUACAACUGUACCUCAUAUGAAUCACCUCCAUGUAAAUGAUACAAAUCAAUAUCAUAAACAUACAUCGAAUAGACAGUUAGAUAUGCAAAUCAUUAGUGAUAUUUGUGCAAUUUCAUCCUUAUAUGAAAUGCCAUUAGCUGAUCAUAUGAAUCAUCAUCACCAUAAACAUAGUGCUGAACCGCAAUCCACCGAUCAACCAAUCCCUCGAUCUGAAAGUUUUAAUUUAUUAGAAUCAGUAGUGAAUUGUAAACCAACCAGAGUCCUUCCUAAGGGUAAAAAUACUUCAACUAGAUUACCACAGGUCGAUCAGCAACAACAGCUAGAAAACCAUAACCAUCAUCAUCACAAAAUUCAAUUUCAUGACCAUAACACGACUCCAUUUGAACAAUAUCAAAGUGACAAAACCGUUAGUUGGGAAAGAUUUAAAAAAGAUUAUAAAGGGUCCUCUAAUAAAUUAGAACGCGAAUAUAAACCUACUGGUACUAAUUCUGCCAAUGAUGACACUUUAAUAUUGUAUCACCAUAAUGAACAACGGUCCAUGGAUCAAGUGAAAUUGGAACCUUUAAAUACUAUUCAUUUCAAUUGGAAUUUUAAGACAAAUGAUCAAGCAUCCGAAAAUAUUGAAUGUAAAUGGGAUAAUUGUAGGAAUGACUAUAAUUCAUUAAUAGAACUACAACGUCAUUUAUUUAAUGACCACAUUACAGAAUAUAAUUUACCAUUGAAUCCUAGUAAUGAUCCUUCUAAGGAUCCAGUUGCUAGUUGUAAAUGGGAAUCAUGUGAUUUCAAAUCUAAGGAUGUAUGCUCUUUUGUCAACCAUGUUAAUAGUAAGCAUGGUAUUAAUUUUGAUAUGGAAUUUGUAGACUCUAAAAAUAUGACAACAAAUCAGAAAUUCAAUGGUAUGAAAAAUCCGCACCAUAUGUAUCAUUGUAAGAAUACAGAUUGCCAGACUUCUACAAGUCCUGAAUCUACAACAGCUCAAGAGAGUAUUACUAGUGUCGAUUAUACAUUAUCUCCAAAUACUGUCGGUUCUAAUUCUAACAACACUACUACUGUUACAAAUGACAGGACACUUGUAAAAGAAGAAACCCCCUACAUUAUGGAUAUCUCUAAGGAUCAUCAACAUACUAAGAAAUCUGAAGAUAAUAUCAUUCACUGUAAAUGGUUAGAUUGUACAGCCACUUUUAAUAAUGAAGCUGAACUGGAUCAUCAUUUAGAAAGUUUCCAUAUACCUAAGGGACAAUCUAGUUAUCAAUGUCAUUGGACUGGCUGUGGCCGUACACUACCAACAAGACAAAAGAUGGUUAGACAUAUAAGAAAGCAUUCAGGUGAUAAACCAUUUAAAUGUAUGGAAUGUUCUAAAUGUUUUGCUACAAAAGAAAGUUUGAAACAACAUGGUAGAACUCAUACCGGUGAAAGACCAUUUAAAUGUCCAUAUUGUGAUAAAACAUUUGCAUCUUCUACAUUUGUUAAUAUACAUGUACGAAUGCAUACUGGAGAGAAACCAUUAGAAUGCCCUUAUUGUCAAAAACGAUUCAGUGAAUCUUCUAAUUUGAAUAAGCAUAUUAAGACCCACCUUAAGAAAUUUAAGGAUCAAAAUACUAAUAAUAAUCUUACAACCGGGAAGAGAAUCACUGCACAUAAACAAAAUAUGUAA